CUGGGCACAUGUUAUCAAAGUAAAAGAAGAACAAGCUGCCAUAUUGCAGUGAUACAGCGAGUUCAUCUUAUCAGUUUUUGAAAUAAGUUUCAGACAGAAUAUAAACCAUGAUUUCUGCGCAAAGUUUUGGGGAAAAUGGGAAGAUGAAGGAUUAUCAUCAUACCGGGCCGGUAGAAUACCGGUUUUCGCCUUAUACUUUCAAUGGAGGCACUGUGCUUGCUGUAGCCGGGGAAGACUUUGCCAUCGUAGCCUCAGACACUCGUCUCAGCGAAGGCUAUUCAAUCCACAGUCGUGACUCGCCGAAAUGCUACAAGCUGACCGACACCACUGUCAUUGGCUGCAGUGGUUUCCAUGGUGACUGCUUGACACUGACUAAGAUUAUUGACGCUCGGCUAAAGAUGUACAAACACUCCAACAAUAAGAUGAUGACCAGCGGGGCCAUAGCCGCCAUGCUCUCCACCAUCUUGUACGGCAGGCGGUUCUUCCCUUACUAUGUCUACAACAUCAUCGGAGGACUGGAUGAACACGGAAAAGGAGCGGUGUACAGCUUUGACCCAGUGGGCUCCUACCAGAGAGACACCUACAAGGCUGGAGGAUCAGCAAGCGCCAUGCUGCAACCGCUGCUGGACAACCAGAUUGGCUUCAAGAACAUGACUGGUGUGGAGCACGUGCCUCUGUCCAAGGAUAAGGCCGUCCAGCUGGUCAAAGACGUCUUCAUCUCGGCAGCAGAGAGGGACGUGUACACCGGGGACGCUCUUCAGAUCUGUCUCAUCACCAAGGAGGGUGUGAAGGAGGAGAUGGUCACACUCAGGCGGGAUUGAGUUCCCUUGGUCUUCUCUACAAUCUCACUUUCCAUCACCCUUUUACCGUUUUGUUCAUUAUACAUUCAGUCCCUUGGAAUAAGAGUGCUGAACUCAAGGGUUUGCUUAUCUAAACAAAAAAUGUCUGGGUUCUUUGUCUCCGUCACGUUGGUGUCGUUGAGGUCAAGUGGUUUUAAUUAGUAGCCCUACAUCAGCCCUGCUAUUCUGAAGAGUGCCCUUUCCCGUCCCCCCGGGGAAUGUCGCUUGCCUCUUUUCUCCUCCUAGGGGAAAACCACAACCCGAAAACCAUCCACGUCUGGAUUCUGCUUGUCUUUAUUUCACGCCAAUAUUUUUACGAUCUUGUAGAAUAAAAUGUGCUGAAUUUGUUUUUUAUUGACUUUGUUUAUGCACAUAUGCAGUCACAUUUUCUUUAUAAAGCAAUUAACUAUUACAUUUUCAAUCUCCGUUAAUGAUAAGGCACAGUAGAUCUAACAGGGAAAUUAAGGUUGGUCUGGUAUACCUCCAUAUGUAAAAGCUUAAAGAAAUUAUUGAACAAUAAAUAUGCUUCUCUCUUUAAGCAUAGUUAGAUUUAUUCGAACAAUAAGUUAAGAGGCACUUUUGAGUCAUAUCCAAACAGAAGUUUAAUGUAUCUGAACCACUUGAUUAACUUUGCAAGUUAUGCAUUUGGAAAGGCUACUUAUUGCACUCACUGAAAUGAAAUGAUGCUGCUCCCGUUUAAAGGCAAACAUCAGAUUUGUGAAUGCCUUCAAAAAUAAAAAACAUUGCAUCUCCA